AUUAUAACACCAUUUUGCUACAGGAAAUGGCUUUGGAAGAGAACGAGAAAAUUACGCGUAUAGAAACUAUUCUGGAAGUAGAAGAAGAGGUGAAGAUCACUCCUCCUGCACGACGCAAGAAAGCUGAACGAAUGAAGAAUAAAUCAGCUGGAAAAUUGUCUUCCCAAGCCUGCUCUGACGCAACGAAAAGAACAAGUCUGGGAGAGGAAACUGAAUCAUUAGUUGUGGCGACACCGAAUGUCGAUGAACACAAUUUAAAAACAUCUACACCUGAAUUAUCCCCGCAAGUUAACACCAUGAAUAAUGCUGAAUCUCAUGAGGGAAAGAAUGGGAUGCUUGAAAACAGCUGGAAGGAGGAAAGCGGUGGCGAUAAUGAGGCUCCCUUCGGGAAUAGUCAUGAAAAUUCCUUCAUGAAUACGAACACGACAGUUGAUUUCGAGAGUCAAUUGAACUCAGCUGCGACCUCUAAGGAAAGCGAAGAAGUAGCAGAAGCUUUAAGCGUUCUUAGCGAUAGAAAAGAAGACUUAAAAGCGAAUCGUUUAGAAAACUGUGUCAGUCCCGACAUUACAAGUGGCUGUACUAGUCAAGAUGAAGACUCCUUCUACUCGGCCGAAGAGGCGGAAACUACUGCUUCAGAAUUAAUUUCGGCGCCAGCUCUGCCAAAGCUAUCCGAAGAAUUGAAUGAACAGUCAGUGGAAUUACAAAAUCACGAACUCGUUUCCUCUUCAAAUGGUGAAAAAGGGAACCUAAACGAGAAAACCGGCGUUGAAACUUUGCAGCAAGACACUGCAGACCUUUCCAAAAAACAAACGUUUAAUACAAGCGAAUGUGCAGACAAGCCGUUGGAGAUAUUGGCAUCUACAAACAAAGAGAAAUCUUGCGAAAAUCGUAAAACAUUAUCUCAAAUUAAUGAUAAAGAUUCCUUGAGUACUGAAACAUCUUUAAUUGACAGCAAUAAUAUCGCUAAUAGAGACGUUUCAGCGACUGCUGUUAGCAUUGACUCAGCUAACAGUGAUUUGUUAUCAGAAAAGGGCACUGCUGCUGCUGCGGCUGCUACAGGCGGUGACCUUGAGGCAGAUACUGAAAGCGAAGAAGAAUGGUCAUCCAGUUCUGAUACAAGCUCAACAGAGGGCGAAUAUGAUGUAGAUUAUUUUGAAAUACACCAUGGGAUUCAGGUUUGUACAUUAUUAUUAUUAUUAUGUAAUAUUUUUAGUUUUCUACAUCUACAUUUGGGGGGAGGUCCUAAAAAGGGGAUACCCAUCACUGCAAGACAUCAAUAUGAAAAUAAAAGGGAGAGGAAAUAAAAUAAUAAUAAUAAUAAAAAAAGUAGAAGUAAAUAAAAUUCAUCGAAACCCCGAUUUACGGACACAUGCUAAUACAGACACCUCAUUAUUCUUUGCCCUGGGGAAUGAAAGCCCUUGCAUUUUCUCUAAAUUUAAUCCACUUAAUACAGACAUCCCGUUAACAAGGACACUUUCUUUGGCCAACCAGUGUCCGUGUUAAUGGUGUUUGACUGUAAAAGUAAAAAACUAAUGAAAAUAAAAAGAUACAUGUCAAAAUUAAAAUAAUAAACUAAGUGAAUAAGAUAUCAGUGAAUAAUUGAAAUAAUUGAUUACCGGGUAUGAUAAUAAUAAAUUAUUUUAAUCCAGACUUAUCUAAUUUAAGUUCCUUCUUAAUUUGGUAGAUCACCUUUACCACAUUUAUUCAGGCUCUGUUUAGAGGCCAAACUUUUCAUUAGCUUUUAAACUUAGUUUACUGAAUUAUCAAAGUAUGUAAUAAUUUGAAAAGUUUUGCAUUAAUUUUAGUCAAUAAGAAUGGCUGGUAGGGAGUUGGUCAGUAACUGUUGUUCUUCCUGUCUGACUCCAGCCAGGAAUUUUGACUUUGGAAUGACUUUGGGAUGCUAAACUUUUUAUGUGCCCCAUCUUGUGCACAAGUUAUUGGCCAUUUUUAUGCUAGAGAAGUUAAAGUCGUCUGAGACGUUAAAGUUGUCUUGAGACAACUUUAAGGUCUAGUAUAAAGAGGUAAAUAAGACAGGUGCAUUUUAAGUCUGACAAGUCUGACCCUUAGGGAAAGGCUUACUGACCACUUAAUACAGUCUGACUGUUAAAUACGGGUUUGAUAAACCUAUGAGUUGUUCAAGAAAAUAAUGAUGGUGAAGUGGCAAAAUAUCUAUCCCAUGACAAAAUGACCUCAAAGUGUCUCUACCUCUUCUCAGACCAAAAAUUGAAGUACAGUAAGAGAGCAACAAAUGCCAUACACACUGUAUCUCUUGCGCUUGUAAGGUACAUUGUCUAAAUUACCAUCUAAUAAAAGUGAAGACAAUGAAAAAUACCCCGUUGGGACCUCAGUAAAAGGUGUCGGCAACUGCUUAAUAGUUAUUACAGGUCAGUUUUAUCUAAGUGAGGGAAAUGAUUUCCAGGACUUUGGUGGGUAACUACUUAAUAGAGGUUGACGGUUGAUAAUUAAUGAUCCUAGAAAUCAUUACCCUCAGUUUUGUAAAACUGACCUGUAUUAAGCAGUCACCUCCAUUAAGCAGUUGCAGUCACCUUUCCCGAGAUCCCAAUGAGUUAGAGGUUCACUUAAUACAGAUUGGACUGUAUACAGAUCAAAUGUAGAAUUGUGUAACUUAGAGCUGUAUACCUUUCUUUUUGUUCAGAGGAGUGGUUCUCGUGAUGAUGAUUCCAAAGAUGGCUUGAAGGAGAUUUUGCUAGCUUUUCCAAGUGGAACAGAACUUGUAAGUGUUACAACAGACUCUGAGGACGAUAGCAACAGAGGGGAUACCCCAAGAAAGAACUUCAGAGAUGGAGAAGAGUCUCUCUUGGACUCAUCUUUAUUAGAGGGUGAAGAUGACUCUGACACUGGCUUGAAAAUGCUAGCUUGUUUUUCACCUGAAGGAGAAUGUCCAGUUGUGGUGGAUGAUACUACAAGUGGACAAGAGAAAGUUGAUGUAAAAAUUGUGCAUGAGAGUGAAAAAAACGAUGAUAAAUUAAACAAUGGUACAAAUGCUCCUCUUCUGGAAAGUUCACUGGAUGAGGUCUCUGCACAUGACAACUCGGAUCUUAGUGAUAUUAAUAAUGCAGGCUUAUUGGACUCCAUUGAUGGAAUGCCUUUACAAUCUACCAGUGUAGACAGUUCAUCUUCCAAGGAAGAAAAAAACAACUUAGAUAAAAAGAGGUCUGGAUCAUUUCGUUUGAUUAAAAGCAACGGUUCGUUGAAAAUUGUUUGUGAGACAACAGUGACAAAAGAAGAUGUGAAAGAAGCAAGACUUAAAAUGCAAAGUGUUAAGGGAGAAAGCAGCUUGAGUAGUAGCAGUCAGUCUGUUUCCGAUAGCACUGACGCAGAAGAAGUCCUUCAGAGUGCAGUGUCUGAGGCAAAGACAAUCAACGAAGAAUUCAAGACUAUCUGUGAUCAUAUUGCAUCCUUAGACAAAGCAACCAGUGAAGAUGCCAAAGGUGCUGAUUCUGAACAUGACGCAAGAGUUGAUGGUGGUGGUAAUGACAGCGUGGAUUCAGGUGCUGUUUUAAUGAGCGAAGACAGUUCAGCUUCUGAAAAACAGAAAAUGCCUACCUUGAAUUUAGAAGGAGUGACAGUGAACGAGUCAGCAACUGAAGAAAUGGGGGAUUGUGCUACUGAAGGCAAAGUUGAUAAGAGGGAUGAGGAAGACCUGUUUCCCUUCAAUAACAAGAAAAAGCAACGGCCCAAAGUGAUGCUAGGAAAGCGAUAUUCGUUGGACACAGAAACAAACUUGCUUAGCCCUGAGGAUGAUACAAUAGAGUUAAAAAACUUCGGAAACAGUGGCUCUUUUAAAACUCGUCCUUCGCCCUGUGUUUCAACUGAAGCUCAGACGACCAGUGCGGAAGCAACUGCAGUAGAUGGACUAGAGGACACUACUGCCACACCUUUACCCCCACAACGAAAAAACUCUGGUCGUUUGAUUCAUUCAGAGUCUUUCUCACCAGGUAUGAUGAAAAGUGACGUGUAAUCUUAAACUCAAGCUGCAAAUGCGGCCAUUUCUCUUGCUUCCCAUUACUGGGAUGUUCGCAAGAGAGAUGUCUGUGUUUUGGCUCGAAAAAUGCCAUAAUGAUGGUAUACACUGUAAAUCUGUCAGAAUCUGGUCAGGAGCUCUGAUUGGUUGAUAUAGUAAUAAAUUACAUGUGUAUGCUUUCAGGUAUUGCUUAAGAAUAACAGUCAACUCUUUCUAAGACGGACACCUUUGGGACUGGUACUAAGUGCCCAUCUUAGAGAGGUGUCCGUCUUGUAAAGAGUCAAGUAAAAGGAGUAAAGAAAGGCAGGGACCAGCUCUCUAGGUGUCCAUUUUACAGAGGUGUCCAUCUUAUAGAGGUGUCCGUUAAGAGAGAGUUGUCUGUAACAGUCAAAAGGCAAAAGGUGUCAAAGAUUAAAUGUAGAAUGUGCUGAAUCUACCAAGGAAUACUUAUUUUCUUGAAACUUAUUUAUGAUAUUUUUUUUAAACAAGAAGUAUUGUAGUUUUCCUGAUAAAAUUUUCAUUAAGGAGAAACCCAAAAUCCAGCAAAUUACAUCAGAACCCCAUGACAACUUGGUACGGUAGAUUAAGUAAGCAUUAAUUUACAUCAUCAGUAUGGAAUUUUUGAGACUAAAACACAGAUGUCUCCCUUGCAAAAUGUCCGCAUGCAUGUUUAAGGUAAUGUUAUCAUUUUUUAAGUCUAGAUGUGAUGAUUGAUCUGUCUAAGUAAAGGAAAGUUUUUGUCUAAUAGGCUUAUUCUACUACUUUAAAGUUUAGAGUCUCGGCUUAUAGCCGAAUAAAUACGUUAUGCCACCUUGUAAAAAAAUUACUACGAGAAAAAGAUUGCGUAGUAGACAGAUGAGUGACUGGAGCUAACUUUGAAAAUUUGUUUGUCUUUCUGUGUGCCAGAUUUCGUACUAAUCUGAAACCUGGAAAUUCAAUAUAAAAAGUUAUUUCUGCCUUGUUUCUUUGCAGGGUUUACCAGAUCAGUGAAUCACCGUCAAAAAGAACCCUACGGUAAAAGUUUAUCCAAACGUCCACGAUCAGAAAGAAGGUCAAAAACGUUACCAAACAAUGUUUUUGAUGUGUUUGGAGCUUUCAAAACCUCAAGUUCAACGCCAAGUUCAACACCUGAAAGUGUCGUAAGUUUGAGCAGUCUUUUUGAAAUAGUGGUGACCUUCACCAUCAGGGCUGUCAUUAAGAGGCAGGGACCAGGGAUUUUCCCUGGCUGCUAUGAAUGUGGCCUCUUCCUACUUUCAAAGGAAAAAUAGAAGAAAAAUCGAACCAAAAGAAACCCCUAGCUGUUUGAUUCCCUGCCUAUGUGUUGUGCUUACCUGGCAACUUGAAAUCUUAGUGACAACCCUGACCAUAUUCCAAAGUCGUACAUGCUGUGUUUGUAUAGCACAGUUUUUCAAAAUUAACAGAGCUGUAAAUUCACUUUGUAAUUUCUUGUUUCCUUGUCAGGGCCCGAUCACACUUAUUACUGAUAAUCUCCCAGCCAACUUUCCCGGGUUCCCAAUUGAUCGCAGAGCGCAGGUUGCACUGGAAUUGUACACUACUGAGAGGAGUUAUGUCAGGUCAUUGGAAACCAUCCUCCAGGUAUGAAUAGAUGAGUUAAUAACAGUCAGGGUUCGCAAAAAUGCCAAAUUUGGCGUAUUUUACGCCGAAAUUGUUCAGAUGACUCCACUGAGGUUACGGAGGGAGUCACUUCAACUCCAGAAAUUUUCUGUAACAAACAGGGCUCCAGCCACUUUGACUCCAGAAAUUUUCGGUAGCAAACACAGUUUUGUCCUCACCUUUUUCGCCACAAGUACAAUUUACAUUAAUUGUAAACAUUGUAAACCUUAAUUAAAUCAUCGAAAUUAAAGAAUUAUACUGCACAACAAAACAGGAAGAGGGUAAAUUAUGAUCAAAGUUUACUCGAUGACCGCCACCGUGGAUUUGAGCUUUCCUGGUCAGCAGACCGCCGCAGCUACUUCAUUUAUCACUCAGUGUCCCUCAGAAGUUGUUUAUGUGCAAAAGUUUGAAUUUAGAUUUCAUCCUUUUGUUCAUUGGUUGUAUGAAUUGAUUGUGUGGCUGAUAGAUUGAAAGUUGAAUGAAAGCUGCAUUUUCUUGAGUGAAAAAAAGAAGCACACUUUUUUGUCCUCAAUUUAUUGCCCAGGAUGCUGGAAAUUGCAUUUAAGGGCUUUGAAAUUUCAAAUUUUCUGAGGGAGCGUGCCUCAGACCCCCCCCCCCAGAAAAAGGGGACUAAUGGCCUGAAACCUCUGAGAGACAGCUAGGUUUGUUGGAAAGUGACUGGGUGAACUGAAAACAAACAAAAUCUGUAAUCAGGGAAUGUCACCAGUCCAGAGGCAACCAUAACAUUGAAUGGGAGGGGUCAAAAUCCUUGACCAGCAGAUGGUAGACAUUAAAAGAAAAAUCAAGGACACCAUUGAUAUCAGAUGGCAGCGUCCAACCCUUAAUAGAGAUGGGGGUUAUGAAUUUCUUGCAAUUUUUAAUCAUUUGUUAUAAAGUGACUCAUUCAUGUGACAAUACUGAGUACUAAAACCUGUCUUCAGUCUUGAAUGGAUACGUGUAAUAGCCAACUCACCUAGUGUGCAACUGCUGUCCACUAGAUUCUCGUCUCAAACUUAACCACAUCUAAAUUGUAUUUAGCCACAAUAGUUGUUUGAUGGUAUUAUGUUUGUCAUUUGUAGCUUUUCAAGAGACCAUGUGAAGAGCAGAAGUUACUAGAAAAGAAAGAGAUUACAACCAUGUUUCUCAACUGUCACGAGUGAGUCUAAUAAAUUUGCAUAUUGUAAUUUCUUUGAUGAGAACAUCUGAAGUGUUUUGAAGUUGGAGUUUUUUUUUAAAAAGCCAUUACAAAAUGCUAGCUUACAAGUACACCAUAAUUGUAAAAUUGUACCACUUUACGUAGUACACAGUCAAAACCUGAGAUUAAGAACCUGGAUUUUCACAAAUAAGCCUAAACAGGUUCUUACAUAAAUGGUAAUUAGCACAAAUCAGGGCUUUUUAAGUUCUCAAACAGGUUCUUAUUUUCUGAAGAAAAAAAUACAUUGUAGCUAAGAGUAUUUAGAGGCAUUCAGCUAAUUCCCUAAUUAAUUUAUAAAAUAGUUAUCUGCAUACCAUUACAUUACAAUCUGAGUGAUAAAGCAUUUACAUAACCGGUCAGUGUAAAACGCAGACUGUGGAUUAUUUUUUUUAGCACAGAAAUGAGUAUGUGACGACAAAAGUCCCAUUGUUUUCUUACCCUAAAAACAAUAGUCUGCAGUCAGUCCGCAGUCUGCGUUUUACACUGCCCCUUACAUAAAUCAUAUGUCUCCAAAGAGGAUCCUGAAUGUUGACGUAUCUUAUUUGCCUAAGUGUUGAUAAUUUUUUUUUCUAGAUUUUAGAAAAUAAGAACCUGUUUCAAGUUUUAGGCCAAACAGGUUCUUGCAUAGAGGGGGCCUAACUGGCAAAUUGUAGCCUAACAGGUUCUUACUCAUGCAUUUUUACUGUAUGUGUUCCAUUCAUGGUGCUGGUUUACUGUUUUUUAGCAUGUAUUGUUUAACAGUUGAUUUUUAGCUGGAUUCCUGCACACACAGUUGAGCACCAUGGAUAAAAGAUUUUAGGUAUCUAAAAUCCAAUACAUUUUAGUUGAAAAAUUAAAUUAAUUUAACCUUUGUAAUUUCAGUAUCUUCGUGGUAAACAAAGAUCUGUUGUUUAUGCUUCUUGAGCGAAUCAACCACUGGCAUGAUCACCAGUGCAUAGGAGACAUUUUUUUAGACCAAGUAAGUAAGAGUGAUGACCAUAAAUUUAACUCUUUAGUUUUGCCCCCAUUAUGGUGCAUGUCAAGUUGUUGUUGUUUUAUUAUUUAGAGAAGAAUGCAAUUAUAUGAUAAGGACUGGACACUAAGUUCUAUAUGCUCAAUAGGAGCCUUGUACUAGUUUAUCGGACCGCGUUGUUCUCCUGGUACUAGUUUAUCGGACCAGGUUGUUCUCGUUUUAUGUUCUCGUAUUUUAUUUUUUAGCAAGAAUGGCCAUGCGUCUCUGUGUAAUGGAUGAAUUCCUAUUUAUGACGAGAACAUAAAACAAGAACAACGUUGUCCAAUAAACUAGUACCAGGCCCCUAUUGGGCAUAUAGAACUUAGUGUCCAGUCCUUAUCAUAUAAUUACGCUCUUCACUAUUAUUAAUUUUCCCCACCAUUGUCAGUGAACUUCUUAGGGUUAGUAAAAAGUUAAUUAUUGGGUUUAAAAAUCAACACUCUUUUUUUCCUGGCUGGCUGAGCAAGAGAAAACUUGGUCGUUUAAACAAUUCUUCGACCUAACUGAACUUGUUGAAGGAUUAAAACCAUGCAAUAACGUUUUCAUUCUGUUAUAAUACUCCUCCUGUUAGGCCCGGUUCAGACGCCGAACUUUUCAUGAGCCGAGCCUAAUUUGAAUUAAGGCCGACCCAAAUUAUUUAGACCGGCUAAAGUGAUUCAGACGCCGAUCUUAAUUCCAGCCGAACUAAAUUCAGAAGGCGAAAAAUGCGCAUUUCGGUCAAACUGCUUACAAAAUACGUCAUACGAAUUUCUGCAUUUGGUUCGGGACAUGAAAAGUUCGGCGUCUGAAUCAAAGGCAUUCCAAAGUCGAUCCAAAGGCGAAAUUCCCGCCCGGGCUAGGCGAAAAGAACGGCUGAGCCAUUCCAAAUUGAAACAGGCGUUCCUAAUUGAUUCAGACGCCGAACUUUUCAUGUACUUAAUUCAAUGUAUUAGGUUCGGCUCAUGAAAAGUACGGCGUCUGAACCAGACCUUAGUCUUGUCACUAAUGCUUGCCUGGCCAGGAUUAUAGGGUGACCAAGAAAACUGCUUCUCACAAAUUAUUUGUGUGUUAAUUUUUUUUGAUAAUCUCAUUUUCAUGUCACAUUAAUGCUUACAACUUUAAGAAACUCUGUGAAACAUGUAAAUAAAGAAUAGGAACUGUGCUUGUCAGCUUAAUUAAUGACAUACAGCUGUAGAUGUCAUAAAACAACACAACAUACUGAGGCUUUCUGUCAAAGCUUUUUGACCACCUCCUGGUUACAUUUAGCUCAGUUGGGAGAGCACUGAUCUGCUGAGUGAGAGGUCAUGGGUUCAAACCCCAGCCGGACCAAACCUUAGAGUCUUAAAAUAACUGAGAAGAAAAUGCUGCCUUUGUUAUGACAUCUGCAAAGGGUUAGACUUUCUAGUCUUCUUGGAUAAGGACGUAAAACCAUCCACCCAUCUGGUUCUUGUAGGACAUAAAAGAACCCACACCACUGUUUCAAAAAGAGUAGGGGAUGUAGACCCCGGUGGUACGGUGUGGCCAACCUUUCCUGGGGUGGGUGGGUUAUCUGUAAGGAGAGAUCUUAAUACAGGGAUACCCUCAUGAUCCUCCUUCAAGUAUUGUAAUGGCUACCUAUAAACAUAGUAUGUAUGUCAAGGAAGGCAAUAAAUAGCUUGGUUGUUAAACUUCAAGCUGUUUGAGAUUUUUUUAAAGACAUGUUUCUUUAUUUUUCCUUUUGUUUGACAGUCAUUCAAGAUCAUUGAAAGAAUGAAGAAUUAUGCCAAAUACUGUAACAACUAUGACUCAGCUGAGACACUCUACAAACAAAAGAUAAAAAAGAGCAGAGACUUUGAGGCAUUUGUUAAUGUAAGUAAUUUUUCUUCUGUAAUAUACAGGGUUCUCCAGAAGUUCUGGUGACUGGGUAAAAUGGCUGUCAAGUUGGCACAGAGUUGCCGGCUACUCACAGAAAACAUUAUUGUUUCAAGUGGGACAAUGAGGCCAUCAUAUUUAUUUUCACUUUAUUUUGGUUCGCAGUUCAACACUAUUAGUCAUUUGUGCAGUUGAUACAAAUGUGGGUAAAUGAAGGUGUCAUCCUUUUGGCUAAAAUUUCUUUCCCUUGUCACUCAAAUGUAAUGCACUGAAAUGCACUUUUGAGGAACCCCCAAAGAAUAAUAUUUUCCAGAGAGGCUCCUGUACUCCCCCAAUGAAAGGGGCUCGCACUCUUCCCAUAACCUACCCCUGUACACAGUUCUGCAAUGUGAAAGACUUGCCUUUUGAUCUUAUUGACAGUUGCCACCUACUCAAUGUGUUUCUCUUAGUACUUCAAAUUUUCUAGAGAACCCUGAGUAUACAUUUAUCAAACCUGGGAGAAGUGUUGUAUCUGAUUGCCGAUGCUAUAAUAGUGCAGCCAACCUCUUGGCGUCUGGUCUCAAAUAAAAACAUUGAUUCUCAAAUGAAUGACAAAAAAGUCUAUGUAAAGGUAUUUUAAGCAAAAGUUUGAUUUUUUUGGUCUUCAGAGUUGCAUUUCCAAACCUCUUCCUUGGUAGUGUUUUGGUUUGUGUUCAAUUAUUUUAAUAGUUGAAUUACUUUUAACCUUUCAAACUAUUUCAACUGAGAAAAUAAGCAGAUUGAGUAUUAUAUCCAGGGCUAGAAGAAAGAGAAAUGAUGUGAUUAUUUCCUUCAAUAUUAUUGGUGUGCGUGACUGUGGAAGAUGGCUAAUUUAUUAAUUUUAUUAUCUACUGUUUUUUUCAUACUAGCGUUGCUACGAACACCCAAUUUGUCAACCAGGGCUAAAUCUACCAGCAUAUCUUAUUAAAGUUGUGCAGAGGAUUCCUCGAUACCUUCUCCUUUUGGAGGUAAUUUUAAACUGAUUUUGGGGCUUGCGUUUGGACAAGGAUGUGUCUAACAACAUGCUUAGAUGUAUGACUUGGAGUUUGCUAUAAUGUACUCUUUGAGUAAGCCCUGGAUCAGCAAUGGCCAAGGCAAUUUUUGUUUUGUGACAAGGUUUAAAAGAAGGCAGUUUUAUAUUAUGGUGAGAAAUAAGUAAGAUUCACUAUUGGUUUUCGUUUUUCAUGUGCAGAGAAGUAGGGAGAAAAUCUCUAUCAAAUAACGCAGCUCUCAUUUAUGAUUUUACAUGUAAUAAUAAUUACAAUUGUUAAUUGUUAGGUGGUAAAUUUUAAACAAAGGCAAAUUAAAGUUGACAUACAUUGGAGUGUUGAGCAAUCUCAUCUGACCUGCUUUUUUUAGUAUUGUAGUUAGCAGUAACUUGACGUACUGUUUAGGAAACAAGCAGGAGUGUAUUAUCAGGUUGGAAAACUGAAGGCGAAGCUGAGAGUUUUUAAACUUGAUAAUACACUCCUGCAAGUUUUUGAAUGGCUUCAAAAUCUCUGAUAUAGAUCAACUCAUUCUUGCACUAAUAUUUAGAUUUGGGGUUAUUUUGGUCUAAAACCUUGGACAUAAAGUUUAGCUGUGUCUUUAUCGGAUAUAAAGACACUCAUUAAACAUUAAUUUCUUUUGUUUGUCAUUAUGACAAACAAAACGCAAACAAUUCGCUUAAGUUAAUUUCAUUUCACAUGCAUUAUUAUUUAUCAGAAUCUGCUGAAGAGAACACCUGAAAGUCACCCGGAUCAUGGUAACUUGGGCAAAGCUUUGACAAAAAUGGUAAUUUUAUUUAUGAAAAUAAUGUUUCAACACUUGUGUGCAACCUGUACCAUAGCUGUACUUCAUAAUUACUUUAUACAACUCGACAGUAAUUUACACACAGUUGUACACUUCCAUCUUCUUUAGGACUGGCCGUACAUGUACAUUUGCUGUUGUUUCAAAAUACCAGUUUAAGUAAUGAAACUGCUUAUGCAUAGAAAGUCACAAUGUCAGUUUUACAGCUUGCCCUUCAAGCUAGCUAUAGCUAGCAUGUGCAAUCUAGCCCAAGAGUCACUAGAUAUGUCACAAAAAAUCUUGAAGAGUAGGAUUGAUUACAGUUUUUCUGUAGUUUGAAUUCUCUAAGAAACUCCACUUGUCUGUCGGGCAAGCUAAGAACAGAAUUACGUAGACAGAUAGCAAAAACCACUGGCCCUGGGGCUAUCGGAGACAACUUUCUUGGUACACUAUUUUACUUGCUUUUCUUUUUCAAAGGACAAUCUUGCUAUUUACAUCAACAAUCAGCUUCAAACUGUGGUUGGUCUGAAAGCAUUUGAGGAGCUAAGGUCACGGGUUAUGGGUCUGAAGGUAUUUAAUAAUUUGAUUUACAUGUACUGUUAGCUGCAAAGACUCUGUAAUUCGGUGUAGUAUCAGUCUGUAAGCCUUUCUGUCAGGUUUUGCUGCUAUCAACAUUCAUAUCAGGAUAUACUCAAGAAUUAGAGUUAAACACACAUCUCAAAGUUGUCUCAGGCAAAUGUUGCCUAUUAAGCUUGCCUGUUUAUAAUGACUAAAAUGAUGACCUUCAAUAACAUUUCAUUUGUGGCUGAAUUCCCUCUGUAUUAACUCUGAAAUCAACAAAACUGCAUUCACCAAAACUGCCUGUGAAAUGAAUGGAGCAGUAGUCAAUUUGUCCCAUUACAUGCUAUAUAUCAAUACCAUGUAAAACUCAUGAAAAAUGGAAAAUAUAUUUCAUUAACUGGUUACAACUCUAUGCAACGCAUGGCAAUCUGCUUUCUCUUGUCAUAAUAAUCUAGCACUAAAAUUUUGUCGGUCAAAAUGGCAAUUUUAAUGCCUCAGAAUUCCUUCACACGUUCUAAUGCUUUAAAUGUACAGUACUUUGCAGUGGCCAAUUUAUUUUAAUUAUCUCAUUGUCGCCCACAAAUUAGGAAAGAAACAAUUUAUUAUUUGAAAAUAAAGUUAACAAGCUAUGUUAAGAAUUUAAACUGGCUAUAGGCAAGCCAGUUGACCAUUUACAUGUACACGUGUGGCCAAGGAGCUGAACUCAGUACCACUGAGAACAAAAUAGCUAGCAGUUAGGGUGGGAAUUGAAUUUGGGGCCUCCGGAUGGCAAUGCUAGGGUUCUAUUAAAACUACUCAGCUGGCACUCCUUGAUAAGUUGACCCAACCAAAUCAUAUUUUUUCGUGUGUCAGUCUCCUAAACUAACCCCUAAGACAGUUCAUCCAGUCAAACCUCCCUGUAUGGACACCCGCUUAAUGUGGACACCACAGUAUUAUAGACAGUUUUCCAUAUCUCUGCAAGCCCUCACAUUUUCUCUAAAUUCAACCCGCUUGCUAUGGACACUCUGUUAAUAUGGACACUUUCUCUACCCCGCUUGAGCUCAGUGUCCGUAUGAGCAGGGUUUGACAGUAUAAUAUUUAUUUGAUAUACCGUUUUUUCAUUAAACACAGGCAUUUGAAGUGGCAGGAAGAGCCCUCAUCAAAGAAGCUGAUGUGGUAGUCAAUAGCAACAAGAAAACAUAUAAGGUACUCUUAAAUGAAUUACUAGAUAUCGAUGUUAUAAUUGGAUAUCCUCUACUUUUGAUGUCAUUUAUUUACAAAUACAUUAUUUAAACCUCCAUGUGAAACCACCUCUGGUCUAUAUAACUGACUAUCUUUCAUGAGCAACUGUUCAUCCAAAAUGGAGAAGAUAUUCUCAUUCAAGAAUAACUCAUUUUCUCGUAAAAGUCUUUGCACUUAAUAUCGCUUUGAAAGUGAUGUUUUCUGGAACUUCGAAAUGGUCUAUUUUGUUUACAGUUGUAUAGGUCUGGGGCGUACUUUCUCAUGGAGAUUAUUAUUUAUUUUUCUCUAAUAGUAAUGUAGCUACUACUUUUUGUUUGUAAUGUGAAAUUUAAUCAUCUUGAUUGAAUUUUCCUUCAGUGCCUAUUGUUCAAUGAUAUCUUGGUGUUUGGGCUGAGGGGUGUAACCAAAAGCAAUGAGUUCCAGAAACUAGAACUGACCACUCUCUGGUGUAUGGAUCUGGAAGACAACAAUCCACAAUCAGGUGUAGUGUUAUCGCGUUCAUCAGAACGCACUCUAAUCUUGGUAUUCCUGUUGUACAAAGCCACACAUUUUUGAGGUGUCACAGGCGACUGCCAAUUUGCUGCCCCCACUGAUUUUAACAGCGACACCUCAGCUGGGAAACUGGAGUCCCUUUGACUCAAUUUCGUUUGCUUAAGUGACGAACGUGGAUCCUUAAUCAGUGAUUACUUCUAGUAGUUAUUCCUACCAUGAAAAAAUGUAAGGUUGAUGAACUUGCUGCAAUUUGCUAAGAACAAUUCCGCCCUCAUUUUCUUCUUUGUCUUACUGUAAACAACUGCUUCUAAACUUACUUUGAGACCUUCACUCACACGGUCCUGAAUAAUCUAGUCAUUAUUUUCAAAAGUGCAUGGCUUGUUGGACAAAGUAAUGAAAACAGUCUUUUCCUUAACCUCAGAUGUGUGUCUUAGUUUAUUAAGAUCAUAGGUAAUGUCCAAUAAAUUAAUACAAUGCACAUCAGCAGUAGUAUUCAUCAGUGCAUUGUAUGGUAUUUUAGCCUUGAAAAUGUUGCUGUCAGAUCAACAUAAAUAUAGAUGGGCAUAUAUAGUACGGGAAAAAAAAUAAUUUUUUAUUGACCUUUUUCCCUCAAGGGACCAUUCUGAAGCAAUACCAUAAUUAUUAAACAGAAAAUGUUUGGAAAUUAAGGAAGAAAGUUUGUUAUUUUGCCGCCAAAACAGCCAAAAUGCAGAAGUGAACAGAUAGUGCUUUCACUACUUAAAAAUGUAUUGUUGUUGUCACAAUCCUUUUGUCCUUUUCUGUUGAUUGUUGGUGCUUUCUAAGAGGAUUGUUGCCAGUUUUCGGGCCCAUGUAACCUGACACUUCCACUUCUUCGAAGGUCUCUACAAUCUUAUGCUUAACUAGCCUUUUUGCAGGUAAGGAAGAUUCUUUGGAGAUCUUCACUCCAGAGAAUUCAUACAUCAUGUAUGCUGGAACCAAAAAUGAGAAGAAAGUUUGGUUACAGAAGCUAAGGACAACAAUUGCCAUGGCAUUACAUGGGCCAGAGGCUACAGAGAAAGAUGAGAUUGGUAAUUAUUACCCACUUUUUAAUGUUUUUGUUCUUUCAACUUGUUCUGUGACUUCAGAUACUGCCAGAUAUUUUGCACAAAUUAUGCUAGACCCCCUGCAAUAAAUACUUCACAUGGCUCAAUCAAAUCCUUGGUUAUAAUAAACCAUAUUCCUACCAGGUAAUGUACGUUUGUGAUAAUGACUUUGAAACAAACGGAAAUAAAAUUUGAACCAAGGAUAAAAUUGAACCUUAACGUAAUAUAAAAAUAAUAAUUUUAUUGUUUUAAUUAUAUAUGGUAUGGGCUACCACAAGCUUGGGGUAUAAACACUGUAGUGAGCUAGUGUACAUCUGUUUCAUUGGGGUAUAUGGCUUGGGCUACUAGAAUAAUGUUGGGCUAAGCUUUGGUUGUGUAGGUUUGCUAUAGCUAGCUCAUAUCUCAAAAAAGACAAUAAUUUAAAAUAACUUUUUUGUCCUUUGUUUGUUACAGAUAGCCGUAAAGCAAAAUUCACUUACCAAGAUGGUUGCACAUUUUGUGGUCAUUUUGUUUCAGGAAAGGUAAUACACUGUAUGUUGUAAAAUUUGUUAAAAGCUUUUUUUUUUUUUUAUUUUAUUUCGCACACACAAACAAUUACAAUACAUUACAUUUACAAUUCAUUACAGGUAACUGGUAUCGUUUCCAAAAAAGAAAUAAAAAGAAAAGGAAAGACAAAGUCCACAAAAAUACUAUAGUUUAUAUAUUAACAAUUAAGAGAAGGCAGCCUGCCUUAUGGUCCUCCAUCACCCAUUUACCCGUUUGUCACUUGCACUUUAAUUAACUGUAUUGCUCAAAUUAUAUUCUGAGGGGCAUUGUUUAAAAGUAGCCCAUUUCUUCCUAAAAGAGGCUAAGUUAUUAUUAUCAAACGCAAACUGUUUCUCAAUUUCCAUGGAGCGUAUGAGUAACAACUGAGUGUACGCUUGUACCAUAGGAAUAGUAUUUCGUAUUUUGCAAAUAUAUAUAUAAUAUCUAGCAAUGAGGAGGAAGUGGUGUAGGAGAAGACUCAACAUUUGUUGAAAGCUACAUGUAUUCUUAAAACUAGAGAAAGAAUGAUUUGUGCUUUGAAUGAUUAAGCUUAGUUUGGUGCAUUUGAACGAUUGUCUGUUACAGCUCAAGUUUAUCUUGGUUUACAGAUCUGUGUGCAAAAAUAAGAGCUUAUUUGAGAGACGACAAUUUUGAGGCAAAAUUGGCGCUUCAUACUACAAGAUUUGCUCUGAAAAUGAGUGCCUUCAGCCUUGCAGCUUUCAUCUUAUAGCUUAAAAACUUAAACCUUGUUACGUGACUAGUACCAUGCAAGGUAUAUAAAUUAUUAUUACAUGUGUCAGUGGAAACUAGAUCGUAAUAGCAUGGUAGGGUGGAAAGUAUUGGCUUCCAUCAGGGCUCUCUCACUUAAAUGUAGGUAUGUCAAUGUCAGGCAUAUGAAAUUAGUAGGUAGGUAAUUGAACCGCUACAAACUAAGGUCUUUUGGUCCUUUUUCUUUUUGGUUCCUAUGCAAGUAGCCGGGGAGCAUGCUCAUAGUAUUUGGGCAAACCCUCUCCCUCCCCUCCCUUAGUGACAGCCUUGUUCCAUAGUGUGCACAAGUUAGACCAUACACACAGUUUGGAUACACUCCUGCAAAAUGAUUACUGUUAAGUGUUAUCAAAAGUUCCCAGCUCUGUGCGAUUAAUAAUCCAUCUCAACAAUUUUCUCUACUUGCUUUUCUUCAGAGAAAUGGUGAAGGUACUCUUUCAUGGCCAAACCAAGCAAGAUAUCAGGUAAAGUAGAAUUAAUUUUUGAAUGUUGAGCAUACAAAAUGAUUACUCUAGGUGUUUAAACAAUUAUUGUGUGAUGUACAUGUAUUGUGCUACUGUCGCAGUCUUGUAUGUAUUUUUAAAGGGGAAUUAGAGUUGUGGAAUGUUCAUGUAUUGGUACCUUCUCACAGGAAUACCAAGCAAGUUGCAUAGAGAAUGUCAGGGUAUCAAGACAAUCCAGGGUGUGGUAUAGGGUGUUCGUUGCGAGGGAGGGGAUUGUGAGAUGAAUUGCUUAUAUUGUGAAUUUCCUACCAGGGUGAGUGGGAAGAUGAUGAUCGUUGUGGUUGGGGUGAAUUGAUGUACAACAGUGGAGACAAGUAUAAAGGAGAGUGGCUGGAUGACAAACAACGUAUGUAUUGUCCCGCUCAGCUCCUGUUCUUUUAUUUUUAAUAAUACAUCAUCAGUGAUUGUUUUGUGGAUCUGAGUGCAUGGAAGGAAAUUUACCUUUUCGUUUUGUUUUACUUUGUAUUUGAGGGCACUGUUUUCAAGUACAAGCCCCCGGGGGCUUAUAUUUAGAGGGGCGAUUUAACGGAGGGUUUUUUGCGUUACGGUUUUGAGGAGCUUAUACAUGGAGGGGCUUAUUUUCAGAAUUUUACGAUAACUGACAAUCCAGAUCCGGUUGGUUGAAUUACAAAAACAUUCUUUGCAUUAGCCAGCUUCUCUAACUCUUUUCGUUGAAUUUGUUUUGGCCUUUUAAGCUUAAAACGCUCCAAAACUCACUCACACGCCACAACAAAGUACGUCUUCGCAGUUUUCACAUCCGCUGUUUGAAAUCUGCUCCAUGAAAAAUAAUUAAUGCUGUCUGCUCGAUUUGAGCAGGCAACGGUGUGAUUGGUGGAAAGGUGGAAAUCAACAAUAGCAAACUGACGCGUCCAGCCAUCUGUUGGGUGGGGGGGGAGGGGGGAGCGGGGUAGGAUUGCGGCUUGUAAUCAAGCUUAUUUUCGCAUCAGUUUUGCACCAUCUCUGCCCAUUACCAUCUUGGAUCCUUGAACAGGCUAUACGUAACUAUCUUUCUCUAUCAUAGAUGGUGUUGGCACUAUGGAGUACAUGCAUGGUGAUGUUUAUCAUGGACAGUGGUACCAGGGCGAUAUGCAUGGCAAGGUAGAGCUAACUCGUUAAAAAAGGACUUAAAAGGCGCGGCGUCAUGCUAUUUGCUAUCUUUUUAAAAAGCUUAAACGUUUCUUUGCAUCAAUUGAAUUCCAAAAAUAAUGACCCAGUUUUGUUAUUUACGAGAAUAUUUUAGCAUUGCAACUGUUUCCUGUCGUCUGUUGCAACAGAUGGCAAGGAUGGACAUGUUUUGAAACUUUUUUAUUACCAUGUCUGCAAAAAUAAAAUCAUAGUCUUUAGUGUUCGCUAAGGCUUAUCUCUACAGGAACAUUUUUUGUGUAAGUAUUAAUGCACUACACUGCGAGUAAUGACUUUAACACAGAAUUGACCUAACACAGUAAUAUCCUCGUGACAGGGGGUACACAAUUACUGGCAACCCAAAAGUUACAAAAUUAUGGCCAACAAAUAAGGACAAAAACAUUAAUUAAAAAAGUAACUAUCUUGGAUGUCUUAUGGCCAGAGGCAAACCAGUUGGCUGAUUACAAACAACGCCGAGGAUUUGACCUUAGGAUUUUCAAAAAACAAAUCGAGGUAGUAGUUAGAGCGGGGGUUGAGCUUGAGGGCCUCUUGAUGGUAUCUGGUCACCUCGCCACCAAACCAUCUUGCCACCAACAAAUUCGCCACCAAGAAUAGAACUUAGCUUUAUUUUAUUUGGAAGUCCCAAGUAUACGCUGCAAAAUAAUGGAAAAAACUUUCAUGAGCAGAAAUUUCUCUUAACCGUUACUUUAUUAUUAUGAUUAUUAUUAUUAUUAUUAUUACUAUUAUCAUAUUUCAAAGAAAUGACUGGUGAUUAUGAAACUUCUUUAUCUCUCAAAUGUCAAAGUUUACAUUUACUGAACCUAUUACCUAGUAUUUGGAGUAUUAGGAGCAUAAGAAGUUCAAAACAAAGAACGUCAAUUAGGAUCGACAGAUUUGUCUCUGAGUCGACUUCAAAUUAGAAUAAGCUUGACGAAAAAGUAAAUCUUGGGUAACUAAUCCUAGGCAUUAAACUCUGUCAAUUAAUUCCGAGUUAUUCGUUGGUAGCGAGUGGACUUCUUGGUGGCAAUUUUGUUGCUGGUGAGAUGACCAUAAACCCUCUCGCUAGCAAGCCAAGUGCUCUGACUGCUCUGCCAGGCUGUCUCCUCCUCAUUUUACUUGUAUGUUGUAAACAUUGUUAUCCACGUGAAACCUCACUAUUAUGAGAACGGUGCUCAAACGAAAUCCCACAAUGUGAUCACCCACGGCCAAGUGAAGAGCCUCCUCUUUGGAUAAAUCUUUUAUCUCUGUUGUCUCAAAUCAUGUUCUAUCAUACUCUUUUAUUUUCUUCUGAUGUAUAUAAUAAUUUUUUUUUCGUUUUAAUUAGGGUGCAAUUACCUUUAAGAAUGGUGACCGCUUUGAUGGAGAUUUUUAUCAAAAUGAAAUCCAGGGUAAUGGAGAGUUGCGUUGUGUGAGUGGACUUGCGUACCGUGGAGAGUGGAGACAUAGCAAGGUGAACAGACAAACUCCUUCUUCAAACUCAGUUCAGCUAUAAUUGUCUUCUAUUCAACCACAAGCAACAGAAUCAUCCUCUUUUUGCUUGUGCAAAGUGAAAGACAGAAGUAAUCGAAAUUGUGAGCUUGACAGAGUUGGUAUCGAAACUGAAGGUUUUUAGUUUUUCCCAUUCCGGGUAAUUUAUGGGAACUCGUUCUACUUUAACAGAACAGAGAAAGAUUUCAAUAAACGUUGAGUUCCUGUUAUAUUAGUUCUUAAACAACUUGGUUGUGUGUUUUGUGGUAAAGUUGCUCAUGCUCUUAGCCGUUUUCAAACGUUACUGUAGACAACUAACUGAAAACAAAACAGAAACGUGUUUCCUCCUUCUUGGGAAAUCAAUUUUAUCCUUUUAUCCUAUUGUCCGAGUUGCAUUUCAUAAGUAGAACAUAACCUCUUAAUCCCCUCUUCCCCCCUCCCCUCCCCCAACACACCUCCUACAGAAAUUAAUAAAUCACACUGUCAUAGUGGUCUUUUAACUUUCCUUUGUACUGGAGGUUUUUUCUAGCGUGUGGCGGUUGAGUGCGAUGUCAAAAGUCUCUGGCACCCAGGGUAUCUCGAUAAAUUAAAAUAUGUUAUCUUAGUUCCACUUUGGUAUGAAUAAUUCGUAAAUAAGUGAAGAAAAGGUGUUUGGUGUCAAUUGCAGUCCCUAAAUAAUAAAUUAUUACUGCUAAGAAUUAAUAUUGAGGUCUAUGUUUUUUUCUUUUUAUUUAGAAACAUGGGAAAGGCAAGAUGCAUUUUCCUAAUGGUGACGUUUACAUGUAGGUAUUAUUAUUCAGUGAUGUUUGUUCUGGGUAACAUGGAAAACUGUCUAUUUUUCAGUUGUUUAAUAAGCGUUUAAGAAUAAAAAAUAGGUGCAAGUUUCUGUUAAUUAGCUCCUUACACAAGCUUUUUAAACUGAAUAGUAGUAAGAUAACACUAUCUAAUUUUCACCAAAAAGACUUCGUACUCAUGCAACUUUUUGCGGCAAGUAGUGUGUUACGGAAGCCUUUUAAAUUUUAUUCGCUUGAAUCAGAUACUUUCUUCGGGACCUAGCAUGCAUCUCCCCCAAGCAAGAGAGUGUAACUCAGAAAGCUGGAUGUUGUUAAUUUUUCUCUGUAUUCUUAGAUUCCUGUUACAUGAUUAUUAUUUCUGUCUUUUCCUAGCGGUGAAUUUGCAAAUGAUCGAAUCAGUGGUCAAGGUGAAAUGAAGUAUGCUGAUGGGUCUGUUUAUAAUGGACAAUGGGUCGACAAUCAGGUUUGCGAUUUUAAGCCCCUAAAAACAUUCCUCUUCGCUGUACUCUUAUGAUAAGCAUGAACUUUGUUCCUGAAAGGAUAGUAGCCCGAGAAAACAGCUGACAUUUGGCGUCGACACCGCUGGUUUGCCUGCGAAAUGACGUCUGAGAAACUAGCGCAAAAAUUCCAUACUGGUGGCGUGUUACCACGCAGAUCUGGGUCGUGCUUCUGAGUGGUUGUAAAUUUGCUUCAUCCAAUUAGAAGCAAUAGCCAGAUGUGGGUAGUGGCACGUCAUCAUUCAUUAUGGGAUUUCUGCGCUCAUUCCGCAGACGUCAUUUUGCUGGAAAACCAGUGACUGCGUCACGAAAAUGUAGGCUAUUUUUUCAGGCCAUGAGGUAGCAACAGGAAGGUCAUAGCAAAAAUAGCUACAGGUCGUCGACUCUGUCACUUUGUUGCUCAAUAUUUUUGUGGAGAGCAAAAAACACACUUAAAUUUUCAAAGAAAACAUUAUUUUGAACAUUUGAUCAUUAUACGGUCGUGGAACGGGAUCCGUCGAACGGGAUCCGUGGGACUGUUAUCGAUACGCAAAGCAAGUGUUUGAAGAUCAUCACGCCCAACUGACGAUGGUGUGUUUUAUUGUCUAGCGCGGUGGCCAGGGGAAAUUCGAAAGUCCUGAUGGAACUCAUUACUUUGGGGGGUGGAGUAAGGAUCACAUUAAUGGCAAAGGAUGCAUGCAUUACUCCAAUGGCGACUGUUAUGAUGGAAACUGGUUCAAAAACACUGUAAGUAAUAAGCUCUAAAUUAUCAUUAUUUUUUGGUUCAGUUGCUUUCACUACUGUAAGCACAACGUCAGCGAAAGUUACCCUGGCAACCACAUCACAAACUUCGUUCCCUAGGAUUUCUCUUAACUCUUGAAAACGAGGGUUUUCUACCUACGAAAAGUUUCCGGAGAAUCUGUUUGGAAAGUAAAUAGACCUUGGGUCUUUCUAACGGAAAAUUGCCGGGAGCAUCGGAACACCUGAAAAGGUAAUCCUGUUCUUCCGGACGGAAUUUUUCAAACAGAAAUUCACGUUCUAUAUCUUGAAAGCCAUGUUUGAUACCAGUUUCAGCCCUUCGGGAUCGGUUUUCGGUAAAUGGAACUGAUUUGUACAAAUGGUAAACGCGAUUCCGGGACAAAAUGUAUCAGUUCUGAAUUUUGAUGGCAAAUGGUUCAUAUCAUUCAUCUCAUGGCAUUGGUUCAGCCUUGUUACCAGUCGUCCUCGGCGAUUUCAUAUUUGACAUCACCUGUCAAGUAGAGAAUUCGCUCUCCGCCGCUCACUCGGGUAGCGCUAACUGGCCUGUGGACGGGGUUGCAAGUGGUUGAGUUGCGCUCUCCUAACAACCGUGUGCGGCUGUGGUGAGCAAUAAAAGGCGUCGUAUUCACAGGCUGCUCCUUUCUGAAAUCUAGGAAUAAAAAUUUAAAAAGAUCCCAGACUUCAUUUUCCAGAAUACUUGUACGAAUUCCAAACUUCAGAGUCCAGUCAAACUGUAGUAAGCGGUCACCCAGUCAAGUGGAGCAUUCGCGCUCCGCCGCUCACUCGGGUAGUGGUCCAAGACUUCAAUAAGUGACCACUUUAUAGAUGUUCGCUUAAUUAAUACUAACAGGGUUGACUGUGCUGGCCAAGCAAUGCACGUGGCAUUUCAUUUAAAACCUCACGGCCUUCAAUAUCGUCCUAAAACUUGCAAGCAAAAAACCUACGUAAAAUUUCUUCUUAGCUGAAUCUGAUGGCGAGACAGUCGUUUUUGUACUGUCUUUUGUCGCAACUGAGAUGAUCUGGUUUUUACGAACUCAUUUGUUUAUGUAUGUUUUUCAGCGGUAUGGCCAAGGUGUAAUGAAAUACAGUAAUGGCGAUGUUUACGAAGGAGUGUUUGAAUAUGACUUGUGCAGUAAAUCCGGAAAAAUGACUUACAAGGACGGAUCAGUGUACGAGGGAAACUGGGAUAAUGGCUUAGUAAGGAUGUUUGUAUGAAAAUUAAGGAGACCUAUACUGAUUUCUUUUCUUCUCACAGUCAAUGUGUACUCCUUAAAAUAGUUGACUGCCUAAAUAGUAACCUUGCAGAUCGACACUCACUGUCUAGACUAAAAGUAGCCCCUUAUUCCCUCGGGGGAAGUAGAGCGAAGGAAAUACGUGAUCGCGCGCGCCCUACUCCUCCUGAGCAAAAUUGGGGAUAGCCUGCGAACAAGCUUUCUAUUCGGGCGAGCGAAGCAAGCCGCGUGAGAUGGUGAGCUUGCCGCUAUAAACGACCCAAUCGCUUAUUCAAACGUAACGUCGUGGUUUGCAAUCGCGCUGGCUGAGAUAAGAACUAGACGGAUUUUAAGAGAGAAGGCGAACUGCAAGCAGUCUAAUAAUGUGCGUUGCCAUUAAGUACAAGUUUGUUUUCUCGUAUAUUUAUUUAUUCGCUUAAAGGGGCUGUAUCACGGCAGUCCAGUUUAUUUUUUCGCUAUGGAACUUACUGUACGCAAAGAAAUUACAUGUAAAUGACAAAAUCAGAGAUUAGAGACAAACAAAUAUGUACCCUGAGCAUUAUUUUUGAAGCUGCAAACAGCAGAGAUAAACUUUGAAAACUGUUAGGCUGAACAGUUUUCAAAAACCCUAAUUUCAAUCCGUUUCAAUCUUCUUCAGUUUUGCCCAUCCGUGACAUCUGUUGUAUUAUUUUAACCUUCCUUUGAUGUUUCUUUUAAUUUAACGGGCGUUUUGCAAUAACCUAAUUUGGCUGAAUUUCGUGACACAGCUCCUUUAACAAUACCCCAAUUUUCUUUUUAGCGCCAUGGAAAAGGGAAGAUGGUGUACGCUAACAAAAAAACCGUGUUUGAAGGUAGGAUUCAGCUCUUUUUCUAAGAUAAUUUUACAGGCAAUUUCAAAGUGGGGGGGGGAAAGCAGGGGUAAUAAUUAUAUAGUCACCAUUGUCUCACAAAAUGUGACCCUUAGACGAAAUUUUUCCUCUCUCAUCCCCGUUUUGGUCGCACCUUUUUAACGGGGAAUUUUGAAUGAAAAUCCUUCGCCCAAAGUGUCGUAAAGCAAAGCAAAGCACUGUCUUAGUACUUUGUUGUGCGCUCGUGAACACUUAAGAGAGUGUCUCUGUAAGAGCGGUCCGGUCGAUUUUGCUUAGGACACAGAUUUAGCUCAUUUCUUGUGUGUUGUAAGACAUUCAUGUACCUGUACUAAAACCACAAUCCGUUUGAUCGGAUCUCUUUAUUUUUCAGAGUUUUACGGAAAUUAAAUUUCACUCGAGCGAAGGCCUGUCGUGACACUUUUCAAGCCUUUAAUUUGAGACAACUUUGGAGGACAAUUUGCAAAAAACUACGGGACUCAGCAAAAAACAAAUACCACAGCCAUGUACAUUAACUCUAUCUUAUCCCAUCGAGGCGACUUUCGUGAACAUCACGUUUCAAUCAAGCAAACAGGAAGACUUGAACGACACCUUAUCGGUUCGCUUAAGUCACACACGCGAAAACCGAUCAAAUUCGAGGUAGAUUUUUGUAAAUUUUUUUACACCUAUUAUUCUUACAUCCCCGUGCGACCAUUUCUUCCAACGCUUCAAACACUACAACUAGUGUUCGAAUUCCCCUCGUCGAUUCCACCGUAAGAAAUAACCUGUGCCACAUAAGCAUCGACUCGAAUGUGAAGUACGAAUCAAAUAACUUAACUGCUUCAUCGUGGAGGCCAUAACACCUUACGUAAAUGACAUUGGUUACUGUUACGGAAAAUCAUAUUUUAGAGUAAGCUUUGUAUAAAGCAAUGAUUUUGCAUACAUUCUUGGGAACAGCAAAAAUGAUUUAGAACAAACAUUCUAAGUAUAGUGUUCAUUCCGUGCAAUAAGGCAUAAAUAAAAGGUUCUGGAAGAAAAGACACCUUAUUUUAUACCACUGAUGACAAGCAAAAAGGUCAGAAGGGUACCUCGGUUAAAAAUAUUUGAUUAACUCUAAUAAUUAAUACCAGUUCUAAUUUGAAGGAAAAAGUUAUGAGAAAAAAAUAAAAGUUGUCUGUACCACGAAGCAUGCCUUCACUGUUUAGAGUGAGAGUCCUAAAGCUUUUUUAGCAUGUAUUCGAAUAUCUUGUGACGAUAAGCCCACCACCCACCUCACCCCGCGCCGUACUGUUUUCACUCAGCGGCUGGUCAGCGGUCACGUUUAUGAGGUAAACAUGGCGAUCACUUCCUGAUCACCGUUCUUGUCAAUCAGAAAAUCAAAAUACUAGCGUGAUAUGGCCUCCAGGAUGAAGCAGUUAAGUUAUUUGAUUCGUACUUCACAUUCGAGUCGAAGCUUGGGUGGCACAGGUUAUUUCUUACGGUGGAAUCGACGAGGGGAAUUCGAACACUAGUUGUAGUGUUUGAAGUGUCGGAAGAAAUGGUCGCACGGGGAUGUAGGAAUGGUAGGUUUAACGAACAAUUUCAAAUUUUGCCCCUUGAAUUGAAAGUGAAGUUCGUUUGGAUGCUUUCGUAUGUAUUUCUGACGGUUUUAGAUCUACCUGCUCGAUUUAUAUCUGCUACGUUUCAUGUUGACAAGUCCCUCAAAAUGACGGCCAAACUUGGAGAUUGCCGAAAAUUAGGUAAGUUCACGGAGUUAUAAAGUUUUAGUAAAGGUCAGGCCGCAAAGUUUUUUUCUGUAAUUACCUUUUCUAUGGCACCUACUUCCUAGCUAUAUUAGUUGGAUCAGUUAAGAACGCCUCACUUUUUCAAAAAUUUGCCUUGAAUUUGAUCGGUUUUCGAGUGUGUGACUUAAGCGAACCGAUAAUGUGUCGUUCAAGUCUUCCUGUUUGCUUGAUCGAAACGUGAUGUUCACGAAAGUCGCCUCGAUGGAUAAGAUAGAGUUAAUAUACAUGGCUGUGGUAUUUGUUUUUUGCUGAGUCCAGUAGUUUUUUUUUUAAAUUGUCCUCCAAAGUUGCCUCAAAUUAACGUCUUUAAAAGUCUCACGACGGGCCGUCGCUCGAGUAAAAUUUAAUUUCCGUAAAACUCUGAAAAAUAAAGAGAUUAAACGGAUUGUGGUUUUAGUAUAGGUACAUGAAUGUCUUACAACACACAAGAAAUGAGCUAAAUCUGUGUCUCAAGCAAAAUCAACCGGACCGCUCUUACAGAGACACUCUCUUAAAUAAGGUGACUGGAAUUCAUUUUUCGACUGUUUGUUUGUUGAUUUCUCCAGGAGACUGGAAGUACGGAAUGAGGUUUGGUGAAGGAGUGUUAACGUACACCAACGGAGCCGGUUAUCGUGGCCAGUGGGUACUAGACAAGGUAAGUGGCUCUCGGUUAGAUUAGUUGGAUUAAGUUAAAGAACUCACACCGUGUUCUUAGCCGUACCGAGGACGUAAUCCCCAGUAUGGCGGCCUAUCCCAAUUUCACCUUCACAUCAGGGGACGUUCGUAAAUCAUUGCUUUAUCAAUUGUAAACUGCGCCAUAGUCAAUCUGGCUGUAGAUUAUCCAUGAAAAGCCCGGAGGGGAAUGCAUGCCAUAUGAUAUUCACAGUUGCAAUUUUCAAUUUUUUUUUUUUUUCAGGAAAACGGACGUGGCAUGUUCACGGACCCGUCUACAGGUUAUCACUAUGAAGGUACGUCAUCGGUGCACACCCAGAGAAUCUGAUCUGUUUACGUGACGAACUUGUUUCUUUUUACUAGACACUGUGAGUAGUGGAGGAGCUGCUCGUAACGUCUCUCCUAAUUGGUCGCAUGAAAUAAUGACAUGUCAUUCUUCCAAUUGUUUUACUAGUAUUGUUUAGGGUCUGGGAAACGCACCUUUGGUGACUUCUCUUCCAAGCAGCUGCUACAUGACCUGACAUUAUUGCUAAGGCAUCGUUCAGUUUUGUGGGUGGGGUUCGGGGGAAUAUCCUCGGUUAGCAAAAAUAAUCCAUGUCGGUCCUACCAGAAUAACAUCAGCGUAGUUUUCUGGUGCAGCCAGCAGGUCGCACGUUCUCCUUUUUAAUCUGCGUAGCUGGCCCCCUCGCUGGCCCCCUCGCUGCACACUAAUAAGGUCUUUUCAAAAACCCAGCGAAUAAAGUUCAUCGACACUAACUUAUGUAUCACCUCUAAUAAUACAGGAUUCCACCAUUCUACCAUUUUUUCGUAAAAUUCGUAAGAGUUCUCUUUUUGACAUGUUUUCCUUUCAUGUCUCUUUUCUCAGGAGAAUGGAAAAAUGGACUAAAACAUGGCAAAGGAGUCGAGGCAACGAAGGAGGGAAGAUAUGAGGGAGAAUGGAGAGAUGACAUGGUAAUAGUCAACAAAAAUAACAAACUAUCAUGUUAAGGCGAUUAAAAGCAUCAACCAUAAUCGAUGAGACCUUAUAGUUUUUAGUUAUGGAAUAUUUGCAUUUUCCUAGGAUAGCCCAUUACACCUCGCAUAAGAUAAUUUUACGUCCUGGUCGUGCAGGGACGCUACAAAAAUGAAUUUUAGAACGUUUGAAAUUAAUCGGAAGUUGUUUUCUGGAGAGGCCCGCAAACUUUUAUUCAGUGUUGUGAAGAGAUAAUAAUGGGAUAUUAUGAUCUCUUGGUGUGUCGACAUCACAAUAUACUGCAUUGUUUGCUUUGAGGCUGUAGCGCGUGGACUUGAUGACGUUUCAAACAAUCGAUUAAAAUGUGCGGACAUCCCAGGAAUUACAUUACUUUUUAAUGAAAACCUCUAAAAAUGCACGCAGUGAAUUGACAUAUCCCGUCCAACGCCCUAAGAUUGCUUCCAUGUUCCAUUAUUCACUCUCAGAAUCUUGCAUGGUUUGUGCUCCACCUAGACUUGCCUACAAGUCGUGCUCAAAUUUUUUCACGAGCGCGAAGCUCGAGCGGUAGAUUUUUUAUGUUUUCUGCGGCAAAAGCGAGCAAGAGAGCGAGAGCUCUGGGGCCAACUACCGGAACCGGAAAUGAGAAGCGAAGGACUUCGAUAAAGUCUAUGCUCCACCCCGUCGAGGAGCCUUCGACAGAAUGUCAAAGCUCUGAUACUGUCAACUCUCUUUUAACAGAAACCUUAAAACAGACACCUAGGGUUAGUUCUUGUGUUUGUAAGUCCUUCUUUGACGGUCUGAAAGACGGGCAUUUCUAUAAGACGGACACACACACAGAGACAGACAGUGGUGUCCGUCUUGGUGAAAGGUGAUUGUAUCGUUGCUGUUUUGUUUAUUUUUAUUAUUUUUUUAUUUCAGCGCCACGGCCAGGGAACGGAAAUCUUGUCAUGUGCAACGGAAUAUGAAGGAAGGUGGAAGGAAAAUAGAAAGCAUGGGCCGGGAACCAAAAAGUUGAAAACAGGAAUGACCGAAGAUCAGGUAGGUAUUCAAAGCAGCUGCAGGGGUCCUUACCAUUUACUUGGGAAAACCGGUUAUUCCGGUUGGAAAAUCAAAUGGUUCGCGCCAUCCUGUUUGGGAAGCUUCAGAAAAUAUGGACCCGUGUUUUGGAUUAUUUAUUUUUGCAUUCAACCUAUUCAAAAAAAUGAUUUUUUGUAAUAGUGUUCAGACUUAGUUUGUAUAUUCUUGAUUUUUUAAAGACACGGGUCGAGAAUUGAUUAAAACGUUAAAACCUCUAUGUAUCACGCGAUGGCCUGUCUCACUGUACCAAAUUUAUAAUAUCUCGGUGAGCAUUCGGAAGUCAGCCAAUUGAUGGACUGAACAAGAAUGCUGUAUAAUGACAGACUAGAAACAAUAGACAACUCCCAAAGCUCAAACUCAGCCAAAACGCUUAAAAUCUUCAAUGUUUACUCAAGUUUGGGCUUAUAGAAGAUAAUGUCACAGUUUUUCAAUGGCCAUGAAAUUCAGAGUCCGGGUAGUUAGUUAAUCAAUUGUGGCUCUGAAAAAAUUUGAAGGAAAAAAAACUACGAAUUUUUAAGAAAAUACCUUUUUCGUGAGAUUGACUCUUAAACGCUGACAAACGUCAACAAAUAGCGAAAACUAUAAUUUCUAUAUGUUUGCUUUGCUCGAAAUCGCGCGCAUUUACAAGGCCCUAAAGCGUUUUGCUGACUUGCAAGGACCCAUCUGUUAUAACGAUGCCCAAAAUACAGAGAUGAAUCUCUUGGUUUAUUAGAUAUAAUCCGUGUAAAGUUUGCUUAUCAUUUUCGCAUAAAUUAUGACCUAAAUUUGGAAACCACUGAAUUUCUCGAAUUGGGUCUUUGCGAUUUUGGUGAAACUCUGUUCAGCGCAAGGCACUAACGCGCACUAUGUGUAGCCGAGAGAUUUUCACGAAAAAAUGCUGGCAACAGCAGAUUUUCGACUCAGACCUCAAAGGGGCGUGGCAUUAUAACCACGUGACAUUUACUCCGAUCGCCAAAAAUUUUAUGUUAUAUUGUAGAUUGAUCUAUAUGUUAUCCAUUCUAUGUCUUAUAGAUAAAAAAAAAGGUCCAAGAUACCAAGUCUUCAAGAAUGGAUGGUACCCCAAAAAAAACUGUUCAACAACUGUUUAAAAGGGCUAUGUCACACUGUUUGUUUCACUGUAUCUUGUUAGAAAGCUAGAACUUGUCUUCAAGUCAAGUGAAUUCCAAAGAAAUGGUCUAGUUUUGUUAUUUAAGACUAUAUAUUUAGGCAUCGAAACUGUGUCCUGGCGGCUGUUGCAACGGAUGCCAAGUAUGGAUAUAAAAAACUUGAAGCCUUUCAAGUUUUAAUGAUAUAUCUGCAAAAAUCACCCAAAAAUGAGUAUUUUUGGUUUGUUUGAUAUCUUCUUCAUAAUCCUACAUGAGAAUUUUGUGUACCGGUAAAGGUACUAAUUAAAGACUUCAGCUCAGAAUUGAGUUAAAACAGUCAAUAAGCCAUUUAUUCUGUUGCUGAUCUAAAAAAAAAAGAUGGGCUCUAUUCUAUUCUAUUCUAUUCAACAAGUUGAAACUUGUUGAACAGUAACACCGCUCUCCGUUUGUUACAAAUCUUGAACGAUUUUGAACCGAAUGUCACUGGUUUUUAUAAAGUGCCGGUUUAUAAUAUUAGUAACAAUGGGUUUUAUUUAUUCAUUUUUCUUCAGGUCUGGCACGAAGGCAAACAAAUUAAUGUGACCAGUAUUGUAGUUACUGAACUUCCACUGAUUCAAAGAAGGUGAUUUACCAUGAAGUCUAAAUAUUGGAAAAGAUAUGCGUUCUUACUACAUCUAUAUACUUAUCACUUGGUUCAGGAGAAAAUACUGAAGUGUGGUCCAUGAAAAAAAGGACGCACGAAGUUUUAAAAAACGAAUGGAACCCACGUGAUUACACACAGACCAUAAAAACGGGAAUGACAUGGCAUUAACAAUACAGUUAUCACGUGUCUUCUGACUAAUCAUAGCCUUCCAUUCUUUAAACGUUUUUAGAAUCAAGAAAAGGUAUUCAGUAGUAAAUAAGACGGAAUUUUUUCUCUACGCCGUAUAAUAAAAAGAUUUUAUUUUUCUUAAAAUGCGGCUACGUUUAUUUAAUAUGUCGUCACAUUUUAUUUCGCAUCUUUUUGCAUUUGCAACCGUGUGAAACGUGUUUAUGCUAUAACUAUUUUAUUUGUGCUUGUUAGCUGUUAGGUAGAGUACGAAUUAACCUAGAUACACUACAUAUGAAAGAAAUCUGGCUUUAGGAAAAUUUAUUCAUGUUUAAUAAAAGCCAGAAUUCAUAAAAUAGAAUAAUAAACCGCGAUUUUAAACAUCGCUUUACCUCAAAAUCUCUAUAAAUAAAAACUUAAGGGAGAGAUUAACUUAUUCUCGGCUGUCACAGCUUAAAUUUGAUGAUCUGGGCCCAGUUCGAAGACCGAUUAGUGCUAACCCAGGGUUAAAUUAUAAUCUGAGUUUCUUUUUCUUUUCUUCAAAACACUUUCUCGGUUAAUUUUCCCUGUUCUUUUUAGAGCAUUCAAUAAUCAAAUUGUAGAUAAGAAGAAUUAAUAUAAAAUUUGUCUUAAGCUUUCAUAUCUGAAUCAAAUUCCGUACUAACCCUGGGUUAUCUUAACCUAGUUUUAAACAACCCGGUCCUGGGUUUUUCAUUUUACAAACGGGCCCUUUUUUGGAGGUUCCCCAAGCCUCUGUUUUAAACCAAGGCUAAGUGCAAAGCCUUUGUUUUGGAAAUGACUUUUACUCUUAUGCAAAUGAAACUCAUUUUACGAGAAAGGUUUAUCACUUGGCCCCGUUUUGAUAGUGAACGGUGUCUGGAACUCGAAGGGCCUGUUACCUUUAAUAAGUUGUUUUAAUAUACGGACAAUGGCCGUUUUUAUGCCAGACGUAAACGUCUAGUAUAAAAACGGCAAAUAAGACAGAUAACGCCUGACGACAUUGGGGAGCUUAAGCAACGGCGACGGCAACGGGAACGGCAAAAGGGCAGUAGGUUAGAUUAGCAAAACAACAACUUUGAACAUGCAUCACGCUUUUUUGUACAUUUUUUUAGCCGUCGUUGCACGACUACAUCGUGAAAUAAAUUUCACGUUUUGUCGAGGACGUAAAGACAAGACAAUAACUUUCUUUUUCUUUUCCUGAAUUUUGAUAGAGUCCUUCAGAAAUCAACUCCAAAAAAAUUUGCCCACGUAUGAAACGAGAUGGAAUAUUAAAGCGUGAUAAAGUUUGAGGCAGCGCGAAUUCACUUUUUAAAUGAUGUUUUCGUUGCCGUUGUUGUUGCUUAAGCUCCCUAUUAACGUCUCACUUAACAGACGUCUCUCUUUACGCAGCAGGACGGGAGAGGAAAGAGGACGGCAAACCUUGUGUGACAACGGUGACAACAAUUUUGUUUCAAAUAACGUUUCUCAUUUUCCUUUAAACAGUUUUUGUCAAAACGGGACGACAUAACGUAAACCCUGUCACGUUUGUACACAAACAUUUGCCGUCCUCCUUCCUGCCGUCCUGUUCAGAAACGACUUUUGAAAACGGACGCCGUAAACAGCUCGUUCAGAAACGACUUUUUUUUUUUUUUUUUUGAGCAAACUAUUUUUUUCAAUAUUAUCGUCUAUUUUCUUGAGUCCCGUUUUUACGCCAGUGGACUUAAAUGUCUCGACAACUUUAACGUCCCUAGCGUAAAAACGGCCAAUGAUAUGCGUUACUAGUUUAAUUGUGAAAGAAAAGGGGGAGCUAAAUAGAGGUUUCUUAGUAAGGGAAUUUACAGUAUGUUUAUGUAGUGGUAAUUAAAUAGUUAUGUUGGAAGCAAAUUCGUAGAACUUGUAUUCUGUCAUACAUGAUUUUCAACAGUUAUGUUAUGAGAGAAAAUAGUUCAAUAAUCAAUAAAACUGAAGAUAAUCUUACACUAUAUUUUGUACAUUAGAAUGUUAUAAUUGAUUUGAUUUUAGGGAUUUAUUGUUAAGAUAAUUACUACGGAAAACGUGCUUUAGAUAAAGCAUUCUGACUAGAAUGUAGUUCUAUGUAAUGAACAAAUUGUUACAAUGUGCUGGCACAAAGCGAAUUGAGCAGUAAGUGAU